AAUUAUGCUGUGACGACAUGUAAGGGCAAUACAUACUAGGCCUCGCUCACAUUGGAUACGACAACUCUGGACUAAAAAUGUCAGCGUGACACAACAGCGAUAUAAAAGAACUCCAACCGAUUGUGAAUGACCUAGCCUCGCAAUAUCUCUCGACUCCGUACAACAGUGACCGACAUUUUAGCGUGGAGCAAAAGCACGAAGACCCAGCCAACAUGCAGGACGAGCGAUACGAGGCGCUGGAGCUGAUCGGCAGUGGCGCCUAUGGCGAUGUGUACAAGGGGAGGAAGAGAGGCGGAUCAGGGGAGAUCUGCGCUCUCAAGUACAUCUCCUCCUUCAGGACCAAGAAGGAGAUGAAUGAUGUGAGGAAUGAGAUCCUCAUCAUGAAGAAGGUGAACCACCCCAACAUCAUCAAGCUGCUCGACUCCUACGACAUUCCGGGAUACCUGGUGGUGGUCACGGAGUGUGCUUCUAAAGAGUUAUACAAAACACUCAUCGCUGUUGGGUGCUUUCCAGAAAACAGGGUGCAUGAGAUUGCCUGUCAGUUGUCCUCGGCGGUCUUCUACCUCCACGCCAAUAGAAUCCUGCACCGAGACCUGAAGCCUGAGAACGUCCUCCUCAUGGACGACGGUACCGUCAAACUGUGCGACUUCGGCUUCGCCCGGGCAAUGGGGGAGACUUACUAUGCCACUACAAUAAAGAGAACUCCAGUGUACAUGGCUCCAGAAAUAGCAACGGACACGUUCGUCUCGUACACAGAAAAAGUGGAUAUAUGGGCGUUAGGUUGUAUAAUAUACGAGUUGUUGGUGGGCGACCCGCCCUUCUUCUCCAACAAUAUGGUCACUCUAGGGAUGAAGAUCCUCAACUCCCCAGUACCAUGGACCAACAACAUGCCCCCAGAUCUCAAAGACCUCCUGCAGAUGAUGCUCAUCAAGAAUCCCAAGGAGCGAUGCUCAUGGCCAACCAUUUUGUCCCAUCCCUGGAUCAAGGGCGGAAUCAUUGUGUCCCCUGAGGAUCGGGCUCGGGACAGCCCCUACACCAAACCCGAUGUCGCCCAGAAGAAGGUGGAGGAAUACCGAGAAAAGGUGCGUAUACUUGGACGUGGGGGAAAGCUGCCAGAGAGUGAAGACGUUCCCGAUGGAGCCGAAGACGUCACUGAUGGAGAUGAAGACAUGGAUGUCGUCAUCAUGAUUCCUCCACGUAGGAGAGGAGGUUCUUCAGAGUCACCUGCUGAGCCUUCAGAAGCUGACCAGUAGUUUGUGUCCAGUGUUCCAGGAGCUACUAUAAUAUGCUGCAAGUUUACAGGGGAUCUCUCAUGGAGAAGUUGAUUGUUGUGGAAGUUUAUGUUGGAGAGGAAGGCGUGUGAAAUAGGAACUGUCUCAGAUCACUAUGGAAAGCCAU